AUGAAUGAGAGUCGGAGGGAAGCACUGGCUGCGGCGGCGCCCGAGCCCACCACCGCCUCCUCCUACACAGCCGGCUCCAACACCACCAACAUGGCCGGCACCGGCGAGAAGGACGAGGCCUUUUCCAAGCUGAAGGACAAGUUCAUGAACGAGCUGAACAAAAUCCCAUUGCCAUCAUGGGCCAUUGUCUCCAUUGCCUUCGUGGCGAUCAUUCUGGUGUUAGCGUGCUGCUUCUGCGUCUGCAAAAAAUGGAUAUUCAAGAAGAAAAACAAAAAGAAGGGCAAAGACAAGGGCAAGAAUGCCAUCAACAUGAUGGACGUCAAAGAUGGAGCCAAAACCGAGGCCUUGAAGGAUGAGGAGGAUGCAGAGACAGGGCUGACUGAAACGGAGAAAGAGGAAGAGCCCAAGGAGGACCAGAAACUGGGCAAAUUACAAUACUCCCUGGAUUACAAUUUCACAGAGAACACGCUCAUGGUGGGGAUCAUCCAGGCCGCAGAGCUGCCUGCUAUGGACAUGGGGGGCACAUCUGACCCAUACGUCAAGGUUUACCUUCUGCCGGACAAGAAGAAGAAGUUUGAGACCAAAGUCCACAGGAAGACCCUCAAUCCUGUCUUCAAUGAGCAGUUCACUUUCAAGGUCCCCUACGUGGAGCUCGGUGGAAAGACACUGAUAAUGACGGUGUACGAUUUUGACCGCUUCUCCAAACACGAUGCCAUCGGCGACAUCAAGGUGCCCAUGAACAAGGUGGACUUCAGCCACGUGACAGAGGAGUGGCGGGAUCUGCUGAGCGCUGAGAAGGAGGAGCAAGAGAAGCUCGGCGAUAUCUGCUUCUCUCUGCGCUACGUCCCCACCGCCGGCAAGUUGACCGUGGUCGUCCUGGAGGCCAAAAACCUGAAGAAAAUGGAUGUGGGAGGCUUGUCAGAUCCAUACGUGAAGAUCCACCUGAUGCAAAACGGCAAGAGGCUGAAGAAGAAGAAGACGACAAUCAAGAAGAACACCCUCAACCCUUACUACAAUGAGUCCUUUAGCUUCGAAGUCCCAUUUGAACAAAUCCAGAAAGUGCAAGUUGUUAUAACUGUUCUGGACUAUGACAAGAUCGGCAAGAACGAUGCCAUCGGCAAGGUCUUUGUGGGCCUCAACAGCUCAGGGACGGAGCUGCGCCACUGGUCCGACAUGCUGGCCAACCCCAGGAGACCCAUCGCCCAGUGGCACGUGCUGAAGCCGGAAGAAGAGGUGGACUCUCAGCUCUCCACCAAGAAAUAGGCAGGGCCCUUUCAGCACCUGCCUUGUAGUACUCUUUAGCCAGUAUGUGUAAAUACCUCAGUGAUAUAUGGGUCCAUCCAUGUAACUCCCCACUUUACUCCGCCUCUCAGCUUUACCGCUUCUUAUAUCACAAACAAUCCUAAUUGUUCAAACGUCCUGCGACAUCUCACCCUCUGCUUUUUUUCUAUCAGGUUCCCUACUUUUCUUGCUUUCUCUUUUGUUUUUCUCUCUGAUUCAGCAGAUUUUGUUUUCCAUGUCCAUGCCCUUUUCUGCCCCGACCAAAUGCCCCCUUCUUUUAAGCAAUAUGAUCUGUAUAGAUAGCGCAUGACUGAAAGAAUUUAUUGUACCACAGUUGUAUAUAUAAGUAUGCAGACAACAAUGAUUUCUAGUUUAUGUGUUUGUAUGUUGUUACCCAUUUCCUAAUCUGUGUAUAUCUUGAUGUUUUUAAUAAGAUGUUCUAUUUUAAAUUAUGUAAAUGCAGAUAUAGAGGAAAGCCAAUAUUAUAUAUCCCAGGAUUUAAAAAUUCUACCUUAUUACCUUAUUGCAUUCCAGAAAAAAAAAGAAUUCCAACCUACAAGACACUAGUGGAAAUAUAUUCACGUUGUAAAGGACGAUGUCUGGCUUUAAGUUCAGCAAAGGAUCAUCACAGAAAAGACAAAUGAAUAUAAACACAAAACAAAAUACAAGGCCAUUAACUACUAUGGUUCUGAGGGGGGAAAUGAUGCUGCUGGAUUGAUACAAGCACAUGAUUUCUUACGACUUUUUGUACUUAUUUCUCAAUCGGAGGACCUAUAUGUUUAGCUUGAUGCACACUGUUACCAGAAACAAUAGUUAACGUAAACCAGUUAGCAUUUCUUUCCUCCAUAUAAGCCGUUGAAGUGAAAUAGGUCCUCGUUUUAAAGGCCAUUGUUCACUUAAACUGGUUUUCUUUUCCAAAAAUGGAAAACAUUGCCUCCAAAUAAUACUAAUUUCUCAACCCUUAAAAAGACCCCAUGUGAAAAAAGCACCAAGCUGUAGCCAUUGUGUCCUUAAACUCGUUUAACAAUAUGUUGUUAACUGUUUACUUUGAACAGCCUGUAGUUGUUAGACGUGUAUCGCAUUCGGGCUGGGGUCCGACCUUCGAGAGGGAGUAAGGGAAAAGAGUUGUGUCUCUGACUAUUUUUUAGAGCAAUUCAACGUCUUGACUAUUUUUCGUAAACUGCAUGAUUUUUUUUACAAUCUUUACUAAAGGCUGGGACGGAGGGGGGGGGGGGAGAUCUACUGACACCAGGGGCUGUCUCUUCUGAUACGAUCCCCUUGCCUUCAAUCAGAGGAGAGGAAAGAAAAAUCCAGAGCAAAGUCUAAACGUUGGGUCAAUGUAUACGAAUAUAUUGACGGAGGCGAAGCGAGUUUCUAAACACUGCCAUUUUCAGAGGGGACUUAUGUAAAGACCCUCUCUUCAUGCACACUCCCACUUGCUAGUGGUUGUAGCUUUGGUUUAUCGGGAACAAUGUCUUCUUCUUCUGGCUGCAAUGGUGCCCUGAAUCGCAGUCUUUGCUUUGCGUUGCCUUCUCACAGUGACAAUAGAGCUAGCCAUGUUUUACUGCCAAUUUGAACUUUUAUGUGGCUGGUGUUUUGCACUGGAUGUCUUUGAGCUUGUUGACUACUUUUAGAAACCAUUUUUGGACAAUUGUUGAGUUAUUUCAGGACACCUGCAGGGGGGAGGCAUAAAUCCGCCUGCUCGAUCGGCUUAACGUAAAAAAUCAAUGAUGACAAAUCACGUUUUAGCCAACAGCAGUUACCGAAGUUGUUCUUGUUGGACCGGACUACACCAGGAGAAUGCGAAAUAACCGUAAAGUUAAUGGUCUGCGUAGACUAUUAGUCCAUCAUGUCCUUUACUCGGGUCCAAUUAGCAAAGGAAUAAGUUUUACUCCAUGAAACCCAUGAAGUCUCUUAUCUUGGAGGAACCUCUUGCAUAUACUCGAUGCUAGCUUCAGGAGGACUUUCUAAAUGUUUUCAAUGUUAUUGUGUAGUUGAUAGCACUAUAAUGAAAAAGCUACUUGUCAUUCCAUAGGAGUCUCUGAGGACUGCUUUGUGUAUCACUGUGACUGCCGUGUGUGCUUAGAGAUGUAGACUUAUCAGUAGGUAGCGAAACCAGUUUGUUCUGUAGUGACGUCGUAGUGUUUAAUGCCAUUUUCCCUUCUAGAGAAAGAGAGUGCGUGUGGCGUCGCCCGGCUGCACGCGGCAAAUAAAAGGCGGAAAGACAUUUUAUCUGAGCGCGAGCAGGUCGCUUUCAUACAGCAUUUUGUUGAGCACUGUGCAAUACUUGUAUGUUCAUCCCAUAGUGUUAACGUGAGUGGCGUUGCCCGAGAAAAAAAAAGAUUCUAACCCUUGAGGAUGAUUCCAGUCCAGAGAGAUGUUUCUCCUUUCCAGUGAAAUGGUUUAGGACACAGCACAUUCAGCUUACAGGUCGGAGUUUGACACCUGUCGACCGCUGUUUAGGGUUCCCUCCCUUUCCGCAGGUUUGUUUUCUCUUCUUGCACACAGUUCCAGCAUCAGAAGUUUCAGGGAGUAUUAGUUAAAAUACCAAACGAGAUUCUACAUUUAAAUAUCCCCUUAAAAUACCAUGUAUAUAUUUACAUAAUCAUGUCAAAAUUGUAUAUCUAGAAUCAAUAUAACGUGACGUGAAUAUGAUUAUUCAGCCGCAAAUAUGAUUUAAUCCAUCAAUCACACAUAUUCUAUAUCUUUCAUUAUUUCAUUAUUAUGGAUUUUUAUUUCUUUUAUUUUGGUAACUGCCCUGUUGACUCAAAAAACCCUUUUAUAUUUGAGAUAAACUCUGAAUGUACAGUGUGGACUGUGUUGGUGUAGAUUACUUUAACCGUGAGAUUAGAUGUACUUUGCACUUUUUGUUGUUAAAAAAAGAAAAGUCCCUUUAUUUAUAUUUUUUAAUCUAUUAGGAGUUUAUUUCAUAACCCUUUUUGGGUAAAAUCUCCCCUGUCAUUCCAAAAUCAUUGAAUACACUUUAAUACAGCUGCAAUCCCUCUUCCACCGAGGGAUUAUUUAGUUCAUAUGUAGAUUCAUGAAUUCCAGUACAGCUUCAGAUUUAAAUGCAAAAAAAAAAAUGGAUUACAGUACAAAGUAAAGGCCAUCUGGUUUAUCUGAAUUAUAACAGAAAUAAACAUAUCAGGGAAUUCAGUAACAGGCAGCAUCGCCGAACCCAUCAGAUUUUCGAGGUGUGUGGAAAAACAACAAAGCCAUUACCUGCACCGCGACGCAAUGCUCCUCUUAUUGUGAUUUCCUACCAAAGUAUGCAUGCUUAAUUCAAACGCUAAAUUCUCUUGUAACAUUAUCCAAGCUCUCUGUGUGACAAGGAACUCAAGAUCCUCUCCAGUGGCACUGACGAAAAGCCACGCUGACCUUUCAAAAACAAAGCUGUGUAAAGUAUUAGAAUCUGAUGCUGUAGAAAGAUCCUAGUUGCCUUUGUGUAUAUCAACUGCCUGCUUGAGUAUUUUGUGUGUGGAAAUUAUCUCUGUGAUCUUGUAGAACUGUUUGGGGUGUUUUUUUCCAGCCAUAUCGCUCGCGGUGACGGUUAUAUUUGCUGUGUAUACCUUCAUUUUUGACGAGGUGUUUUACAGUUUUGUUUCACUUUGUGUAGUGAUUCACUCUGUGGAGUUUUCUGACUGUUGUUAUAUAACUUCAUAUACACAAAUGAUCAAUAAAAAUGUUUUAUUUCCUGUUGA